AUUAAAAAUCUUGCUUCGGUGCGCGACGUGGAUCAGGUGCCGAAGAGCAUUCGUUGCAGGGAUGCCGAAGCGUGGGAAAAAGGGAGCUGUGGCAGAAGAUGGGGAAGAGCCCAAGACCGAGCCAGAGGCCAAAAAGAGUAAGACUGGAACAAAGAAAAAUGAGAAAGAGGCAGCAGGAGAGGGUCCAGUCCUUUAUGAGGAUCCCCCAGAUCGGAAAACCUCACCUAGUGGCAAAUCUGCCACGCUCAAGAUCUGCUCCUGGAAUGUGGAUGGGCUUCGAGCCUGGAUUAAGAAGAAAGGUUUAGAUUGGAUAAAGGAAGAAGCUCCAGAUAUUCUGUGCCUCCAAGAAACCAAAUGUUCAGAGAAAAAGCUACCAGCUGAACUUCAGGACCUUCCUGGACUAUCUCAUCAGUAUUGGUCAGCUCCUUCAGACAAGGAAGGAUACAGUGGUGUGGGCCUACUGUCUCGCCAGUGCCCACUCAAAGUCUCUUAUGGCAUUGGUGAGGAGGAACAUGAUCAGGAAGGCCGAGUGAUCGUAGCUGAAUUUGAUACAUUUGUGUUAGUAACAGCCUACGUACCUAACGCAGGCCGGGGUCUGGUGCGACUGGAGUACCGGCAGCGCUGGGAUGAAGCCUUUCGCAAAUUCUUGAAGGGCUUGGCUUCACGUAAGCCUCUUGUGCUAUGUGGGGACCUCAAUGUGGCUCAUGAAGAGAUUGACCUUCACAACCCCAAGGGAAACAAAAAGAAUGCUGGCUUUACUCCACAAGAGCGCCAAGGCUUUGGGGAAUUGCUGCAGGCUGUGCCUCUGGCUGACAGCUUCCGGCAUCUCUACCCCGAUACAGCCUAUGCCUAUACAUUUUGGACCUACAUGAUGAAUGCUCGAUCCAAGAAUGUUGGCUGGCGCCUUGAUUAUUUUUUGUUGUCUCACUCUCUGUUACCUGCAUUGUGUGACAGCAAGAUCCGUUCUAAGGCCUUAGGCAGUGAUCACUGUCCCAUCACCCUACUCCUGGCACUGUGACACCUUCCAAAAAUCACUUUGAGCCUGGAAAAUGAGCCCCCUAAACUAGAAUUUCUUCUUUAAAAUCUCUCUUGAGAAGGCUAUGCUAUAUGUGAAUCCUCCCAAUAGGCUCCUAGUGACAGAUUU